AUGUCUUACGGAGGGCGCAUGAGCAUGGCUCCGCGCACUACGUCGCACGGCGCUCACAACCAGCGCGCGCCCGCACCGCAGGAGAACGAUGCUUUUAUGACACUGCCUGAUGCUGAAAUUGCAGGAUGUAUAACAGACAUCGGCAUCGCAUUCACCGUCGCAGACCUCCAGAAGCCCAAUCCUCAGAUCAUCCAGAAGGUCUUCGAAUGGCUCGCAGAGCUGCUUAUGAACACGACUCGCGAAGUGGUUGCGCCAGCGAUGCGCGCCGCGGCCGAAGAUCUAUGCGGCGAGGGCGCUGAGCGCCUGUUCACCAGCGACACUCGCGACCUGAUGGCAUUCUUCGUCAUUCUGAAGAAGCUGUUGCGCGAGUGCGGUAUCCACGACUUCACAUUCGCAGACCUAUACAAGCCCACCCAUCAUCGAUUAGUUAAGAUCUUCUCGUACAUGAUCAACUUUAUAAGGUUCAGGGAAUCACAGACGCUGGUCAUCGAUGAGCACUUCAACAAGGCUGAACGCACGAAGCUCCGCAUCGAGCAGCUGUAUAACGACAAAGAGAUGAAGGAGAUGCACCUCACAGACCUGCAGCGCAACCGGAGCGCUACGGAGAGGCUUAUGGCAGACAGGAAGAAGAAGAACGAUGAACUCAAGGAGAGGCUUCUGGAACUGAAGCGCGGUCAAGAAUCAGUCAUGGAGAAGCUCGAACGAGCGAAAGCUGAGCAGACCAGGCUGAAGGAGCUACUGCAGCAGAAAGUCGAAAACAAGGAGAAUGUACAGCGCGAGAUCAUCAAGCUUAAGCCGUAUACCCAGCAGAGUCCAACUGCUCUAGAGGACUCCCUGCGCGACCUAAAUGACCGCCUCUCGGCAGAAAAGAGCCAAAUCGACUCCCUGGACCGCCGUGCUCGCGCUCUGCAGACGUCGAACGACUCCUUCGGUAUCGUCAUUGGCGAUGUCACAUCUUGCACACGACUCCUGACGGACGUACAGGCCGAUCUGGCAAAGGAAGAGGAAGAACUGGUGAAGGCAUCACGGCACAGGGACGCACUCGCAGACCGCAGCAACAACGUUAGGGACGUUGAGAGGCAAGAGCGACUUCUCCAGAAGCAGUUGGGCAAUGUCAAUGGGCGCACGGAAAAGCUGAGGACGAAGGGCAACGAAGAAGCAGAGCGCGCGCGGAUACGUAUGGAGGAGCUCCGCGAGACACAUGCAAAGCUCAAUGAAGAGCGAGGUGAGAAGGGGCGAGAUAUCGAGAGGAGGCGGGUUCGCAUCGAGCAGACUGAGAAGAAGAUGGCUGAGCUCAAGGACAACAUCGAGAACGAGGUGCAUGCAGCGCACGAUGAGUACCUCAAGAUGGAGAGCCACAUCAAGCUCUACAUCACAGAGAUGGAGCAGAGCAUCUAG